UUCAGUUGGUCACAAAUCAAUCAAAUCUUUCUACACGACCCCUUUUUUGCUAGCUAGAUACAGUUAGCUAAGGACAUGGCGAGAUCUUCGCCCCUGCUUCUUCUGCUGUUUGCUCUUGCAUUGGUUGCUCCUGUUGCUCACGCCGCCGUUGUCGAGCACACGUUCAAUGUGGGGAACCUGUCCAUCAGCCAGCUUUGCCGCCCGGAGAUGAACAUCACGGCGGUGAACGGGCAGCUCCCCGGCCCCACGAUCCACGCCAAGGAGGGCGACACGGUCAUCGUACACCUCCUCAACGACUCACCCUACAACAUGACCAUCCACUGGCACGGCAUAUUCCAGCGGGGCUCGCAGUGGGCCGACGGGCCGGUGAUGGUGACGCAGUGCCCCGUCCGGCCCGCCGCCAACUACACCUACAGCUUCAACGUCACGGGCCAGGAAGGCACGCUGUGGUGGCACGCCCACAUCUCCUUCCUCCGCGCCACCGUCUACGGCGCGCUCGUCAUCCUGCCCCGGGGCGGCGCCGGCGCCUACCCUUUCUCCCCCAAGCCCGACAAGGAGAUGGUCGUCAUGCUCGGCGAGUGGUGGAACGACAACGUCCACGAACUGCAGGAGACGGCGUUCCUCACCGGCAAUCCCGCGCCGGCCGCCGACGCCUACACCAUCAACGGCAAGCCCGGCGACCUCUACAACUGCUCCGCCCCGAACCAUACGCGGAGGUUCGAGGUGCGGCGGAACGAGACGUACCUGGUGAGGAUCAUCAACGCCGCGCUCAACACGCCGCUCUUCUUCAAGGUGGCCAACCACAGCUUCACGGUGGUGGGCGCGGACGCGUGCUACACCACGCCGUACAGGACCGACGUGGUGGUGGUCGCGCCGGGGCAGACCGUGGACGCGCUCAUGGCCACCCCCGACGCGCCGCCCGUCGCCGGCCAACGACGGUACUACAUGGCGGCGUCCCCCUACGACAGCGCCAUCCCCGGGCCCGGCCCGCCGUUCAGCCCCACCAUCGCGACGGCCGUGCUCGAGUACGUCGGCGGCGGCGACAACACGACGACGGACAUACAGAUGCCUGACAUGCCGCCGUUCACGGACACGAACACGGCGCACAGGUUCCUGUCCAACCUCACGGCGCUCGUGCUCCCGGGGAAGCCCACCGUGCCGCUGGGCGCCAUGGGCACGCGCAUGUUCGUCACCAUCGGCAUGGGCCAGGCCGACUGCCAACCCGACCAGACGAUGUGCGACCCGACGAGCACCAAGUUCGCGUCCAGCAUGAACAACGCCUCCUUCGUCCUCCCCAGAGGGACGCUCUCCAUGCUCGAGGCCCACCGCAGCAACGCCACCGCCGGCGUGUACACCCGCGACUUCCCUGACCGUCCGCCGUUGAUCUUCGACUACACCGCCGACGCCAGCGACACCGCCCAGCUGCAGUACACAACCAAGUCCACCAAGGUGAGGACGCUGAGGUUCAACGAGACGGUGGAGAUGGUGCUGCAGAACACAAGGCUCAUUGCCAAGGAGAGCCACCCCAUGCACCUCCAUGGAUUCAACUUCUUCGUCCUCGCCCAGGGCUUCGGGAACUACAACGAGACAGUCGCUGUCCCGCAGUUCAACUUCGUGAAUCCGCAGGAGCGCAACACCCUCGCCGUCCCCACCGGUGGCUGGGCCGUCAUCCGCUUCAUCGCCGACAACCCCGGGAUGUGGUACAUGCAUUGCCACUUUGAUGCGCAUCUUGAUUUCGGGCUGGGCAUGGUGUUUGAGGUUCUGGACGGGCCGACGCCGGAGACUUCCGUGCCACCGCCGCCCAAAGACCUGCCACGAUGCCGAUGAACUAAGAAGGCUGUUUGCGCCCUUGGUGUAUAAAUAUAAAUAAAUAAGUGAUAGUAUCGGUCAAGAAAAUGACCUCUUUUUCAAAAGAGAAUCAAGACGAAGAACGGGAGAAAGCUAGGCUUUGACAGAAUUGGCUGGUAUUGUUGGAUUGUAGCAUUGUAGCAUGUUGGUUGAUUAAUUCCGCGGUACUUGUUGUGUGCUUGUAAGUUCGGUUGCGUGUUAAUUUGUCUGUUUGCUUUGGUGAAUUGUUUUCCAAAUUGUUGCAAGGUUGGGAGCAAGGUUUAAUAUUUUGUUUUGGAAAAAA